GAGCAGCACGCCACGUUCUGCCGGAGAGCAGCUUCAAAUCAAUCUGGCUAUGGGCGGCAAGAAGCGCUUCGUGAUGAACCCGUUCCCGUCGAUGGAGCUGUCGCCUGGUGACAAGUUGCAGCUCCAAAAGACUGCGAACGGCUUCCUGGCCGAGUGUCUGCACUCGUACGAGCUGUACCUCAAGGACGGCGGGCGUCAGGUGGACGAGCGUCGCUGGAAGCCGCUCAAGACGCGCGAGAACCUGCGACUGUAUCUGGAGCGCGAGGUGCGCACCACGACGGACGGCAACCACUCCAUGAUGAACGAGGCGUCCGAACAGGCUGGAACGCCCGUGUCGCUUUGCGUCGGCACGAUGCAGGGAACGCUGGACGACGUCGUCUUCGGCACGGUGAGCACGACGUCGGAGGACAUGUGCUUCAACGCCACGUACGUGGACGAGCUCACCGGCGCUGCCGUUCUGGCCAUCGUUGUGGAGCCCACGGUCGAGGAGCCGCUGCAGACGCUGGCGUUGAAGUGGCAGGAGCUCGAUCUGCUGCUGCACUCGAACAAGCGCGACUUCGUGUUCAUGGAGGCCACGGGCUUCACGCACCUCGCGAACGGCGAGCGCGUCGGAUACCGCCUCAUGUACUCCAUCGGCUUCCCGCAGACGCCCGAGCUGCCGAACCGCGUGCGCGCGAGCGUCAACGUGUUCUUCCUCUUCCGCCAGGAGCACGACCAGUGCGUCGAGCUGUACGCGUCGGGCGUCGUCGCCAAUGGAUCAAGCGUCGAGUCGUUCCUGGUCACCGCCUCCGCCAUGAAGUUCUUCACGUCGCUCCGGUUCGCGCACUGCGGAGAGAUGAAGAAGCUCACGUGGCUCAUGCACCGCCGCUACGCGCUGGACAAGCAGCGCGGCGCGCCCAUCGGCGAGGGCGACUGCGUCAGCUGCGGCAUCCCCAUCAGCUCCAAGAUCUUCGGCAAGUUCGGCCGCUCGCGCGACUCGUGCAAGCUCUGCCACCAGCUCGUGUGCGGCACGUGCCGCGUCAAGAAGCGCCUGAACUUCGUGACGCUCGAGAUGACGUUCGAGGAGCGCAAGACGGCCUUCUGCCCCUCGUGCAUCAAGGAGGCCUUCGAAAUCAACACAGCAGACGCCGCGCGCGCACAACUCGCGGGCAACAACUCGCAGUACGCCUUCCACUCGGGCACAGACUACUCGUUCGCGUCCUCGUCCGACUCGGAGCGCACUACGUAGGUAGGCUGUCCCCGAAAGAAUAAUGUCAUAACAACAAAUUCU